UCACUCAUAUUAAUAUAACUAUCAAACAGAAGGUGACACCAUAAGUCGAGACAAGAGGACAUGGCCUGGCUACUGAACGGGGAAAGAUUCCUUGAAAUUUUAGCCAAUUCGAUUGACCAGAAAACAGGAAAAAUAUACCUCUUACAUGGUGGCAGAGGUUGCAAAAUUAAAGACGGCACCAGUUUUUUCCGCAUAAACAUUUUGUUUUCAGAUUUGCAUAACACAGAAUUCAUUUCAAAGUUAGAAAUUAUUGCACAGAACCUGCUCUAUCAUUCACAUAACAUAAGAAUUCUGGAGUGGCUUUCUGCUCUCAUAGUCAAGCACUUUACAAUUGUCCUCAUACAUCGUGCUAUAUAUCGUCCUGCGAAUCAGAUAUUUGAGGGUUGCCAAGAAUAAUUAGCUCAUAUUGCUAUACACAUCGGCUAAUGUCUACUUGUCUGUACCGGAAUCUUGCCACAGCUCCCCAACACCCAUCUGUCAAUGAAUAAAAUUAUACACAUCAUUUGCAAAUUCUCUUUAAUUUAGUUCUGGAGUGUAGUUCUGGAGCACCUUUGCCAAUUUUCAUGCAAAACUGUUAGAAGCCCCAAAACGGGAUUUGCCUAUCAAAGUUAUUCUUGCAACAUAGGAUAUGGCAGCAGAACCUGUUAAUGUCAAUGGAUUUCGAGAAUUAGCAAGGCAAGCCCUUCCAAAAAUGUACUAUGAUUUCUUCGCUGGAGGAGCAGAGGAUCAAUAUACCUUAAAAGAGAAUGAGGAAGCAUUUCAUAGAAUCACUAUUCAGCCUAGAGUUCUUCUAGAUGUGAGCAGCAUUGAUUUAUCAACUACGGUAUUAGGUUACAAUAUCUCCAUGCCAGUUAUGAUUGCUCCAACUUCUAGGCAUAAGCUGGCAAACCCUUCAGGAGAGAUUGCCACAGCCAGAGCAGCAUCUGCAUGUAACACGAUAAUGGUUCUAUCUAUUUCAUCUACCUGUACUUUGGAGGAAGUAGCUGUCUGCUGCAAUGCUGUUCGCUUCUUCCAGUUAUAUGUGUAUAAGAGGCGGGAUAUAUCAGCUAAGCUGGUGCAAAGAGCUGAAAAUAAUGGAUAUAAGGCAAUUGUCGUAACCGGUGAUUCUCCAAGACAUGGUCGCAGGGAGGCAGACAUUAAGAACAAGAUCAUUGUACCUGAACUGAAGAACCUGGAGGGUCUAUUAUCAACUAACAUUGUCACUGAUGGAGGUUCAAAUCUAGAUGCACUGGUCAAUUGGACCCGUGAUCCUUCUUUUUGUUGGGAGGACAUCGGAUGGUUGAAAUCUAUUACAAAAUUGCCAAUUCUGAUCAAAGGGGUACUCACUCAAGAAGAUGCAAUGAAGGCGCUGGAAGUAGGUGUUGAUGCGAUUAUUGUCUCCAAUCACGGAGCUCGCCAGCUGGAUUAUAGUCCUCCCACCAUAUCUGUUCUGGAAGAGGUUGUUCAUGCUGUUGAUGGAAAAGUUCCAGUUUUCCUUGAUGGAGGAGUGCGGCGAGGAACAGAUAUUUUCAAGGCAAUGGCUCUUGGUGCACAAGCUGUCCUAGUUGGAAGGCCAGUUAUCUAUGGACUUGCAGCCAAGGGGGAAUACGGAGUCAGACGAGUCCUUGAAAUGCUUAAGGAUGAGCUUGAACUCGCUAUGUCCCUUUCUGGUUGUUCUAGUGUGAAGGAAAUUACCAGGAGUCAUGUCAGAACCAAACAUGAUCACAUCCUCUCAAUGCUUUAAUACUCAUCCAGAAGAAACGAAUGUCCUGCACAUGGACUGUGCCAAUAAUUUUUAACAGGCAUCAAAUAAGUGGAAUCCUUGCCUUAACAAGGUUGCUACUAAGAAUGAAAACAUUGUAGUCUUCCAAUUCCUGAAGUGGAAGGACGCCGAAGUUCCGUUUCUAACAUUAUUUUGUUUGAGACUAUUGACUAUUCAUAAAUAAUACGAGAUGUAAUAAAUAAUAAUUUUAUGAUAUAAAUAUAUGUGUGUAUGUUUAUUGUGUUAUGA